UCAAACGCGCCUCUCUCUCUUUGACUGAUCACUCUGUCAGGGAGUAUCGUUUCCCCUUUCCCCACUCCCAGUAUAUAUAUAUAACAGAGCCGCAAAUUCCCCUAUGCCUCAAAACUCAAUAAAAGCACAAUCAAAUCCUCUCCCCGAAGCCAAACCACAGUACUACCACUACUACUACUUGCUACUAACGAAUUCAAAGACAGAACCGAGAAAGAAAAAGAAACCGCAGAAAAAAAGAAUGGUGAAACACAUAAGUGAGAGACCUGCAGCUGAGAGAAGUGAUUUGAGAUUCAAGGGCGUCCGAAAGCGAAAAUGGGGGAAGUGGGUGUCCGAAAUCAGACUACCCAACAGCAGGGAAAGGAUUUGGUUGGGAUCUUAUGACACCGCCGAGAAAGCAGCUCGUGCUUUUGACGCCGCUCUUUUUUGCUUACGCGGCCGCUCUGCUAAGUUCAACUUCCCUGAUAAUCCACCCGAGAUAGCCGGUGGUAGGUCAUUGACCCCACCAGAAAUCCAAGCCGCUGCCGCCCGAUUUGCGAACUCGGAGCCUUCCAGGACCCAUUCGGAGCAGUCCAACUCUGGGUUUCAAACGGAGUCCCCAUCAUCGUCGAUUUCGGGAGGGACAGUACAGUUGGAUAGUGAGCUUGCGAUGGACGUAUCGUUUCUGGAUCUUUUGACAAUGGGUUCGGGUAAUUACCUUUCGGAUUAUGGGAUGAUAUUCCCUGGAUUUGAUGAUUUUUCGAGUGAUUUUCUGGGAUCAUCGGUGCCCAACAUCAGGUGCGAGGAGGAUAAUUUUGAUGGGAUUUUAGUUCCAGAAUCUUUUCUUUGGAAUUUCUAAAACCAGUCAGCCUAAUUCUGGGAAUUUUAGUAUCCAGAGUUGGAUCCUGAAAUUUGGAAGGGCCAAUUUUUGUACGGUCCACCUGAAAUUACUAUCAUUUUUAUAAUUUAAUCGUCAUGAAGAAUGUAAAGUGAAGCAUUAAUUAAAUGAAAGAUUACUGUUGUAGAUUUUUUUCUAUUGUAAAAUUAUUAUGAUUAUGUCACUUCGGCUAGUGCAAUGGAAAUCACAUGUUUAUUACGGGCUACUAUCAGUUAAAAACUGCCAUUGGACUUUCCUCGUACUCGAAAAG